AUGACACUGAUUUGGCUGCAUCAUCUGGCACUAAGUGAUAGCAGCAAUGACCCUGAGUAUGAUCCUGAUGGUGAAAUAGUUGAUGAGGAUGACGAGGAUGAUGUUCCUGUCUUUUCAUAUGAUGUUGAUGAUCCAUGUAUUGAUAAUGAUGUGAUAUUCCCAGAUGUGGAUCAGUGCAAGUCAGCAGUUACCCAUCAUGCUAUCUUGAAUGAUUGUGCUUUCCAUAUCGUCAAGAAAGAUAAGAAAAGAUUUAGAGCCAUAUGCAAGAGAGCACAUAAGGGUUGCAAGUGGCAGUUUUAUGCAUCUACCAGCAAGAAGUACAUUGGAUGCAAGGUUAAGACGAGUGGACCAAAGCACACUUGUGGUUCAUUCAACAAGUGUGGUGACACGAUGGCCUCAAAUAAAUGGGUCACUGACAGAGUGGUGGACUUGUUGCGGGACAAACCCACAAUGGGACCUAAGGAGUUGCAUGAUGAGCAGAAGAAGAAGUACAAGAUGGAUGUUCCAUAUGACAGGGUCUAUAGAGGCAAAGAGAGAGCACUUGAUAUGAUAAAUGGGAAGUGGGAUGGCAGUUAUGAUUUGCUACCUACUUAUCGCGCUGAGCUUCUCAAAUCAAUACCUGACAGUAUCAUUGAGUUAGACACAGAAGAGCACAAUGGGGAUGUGUGUUUCAGGAGGUUCUUUGUUGCUCUUAAACCAUGUAUUGAUGGUUUUUUGCAAGGAUGUAGGCCCUACAUUGCCUUGGACUCCACUCACUUGACAGGAAGGCCAAGAGGUUUGGUAAUCAAUACAGAUGCAUGCAAAGGAAUAGAAGGGGCUGUAGAUGAUGUGUACCCAGGAGUGGAACAUAGAGAAUGUAUGAGGCACUUGUGGAAGAACAUGAAGAAAAAAUACUAUGGUCCCUUGUUUGCUCAGAAUAUGUGGGCAGCCGCUAAGAGCUUCACAAUGGAGAAGUUCAAUUACCACAUGGGGAAGAUAGAGGAGAAGAGUCCUGAUGCACUUUCCUGGUUGGAUAACAAUCAUCCAUUUGUGUGGAGUAGAAGCAAAUUCUCUGAUGACUGCAAGGUAGAUUACAUCAAUAAUAACCUCUCUGAAUGUUUCAAUAGCUGGGUGUUAAAAACCAAGGACAUGCAGAUUGUGGACAUGCAUGACAAGAUAAGACAGAUGAUCAUAACCAAGUUUCAUUUGAGAGGAAAGAUUGGUAGUAACAUGGAGGCAGAAUAA